CUCGACAUCAACCAUCCUUGUUGCGUUCCCGUUCCCCCUCUCCCCUUCAUGUCUACGACUCAAACGGGCGAGAAAAAGGGACAUGUGUGCCCGCCGUCCAAUGCAAAGCAUCCCUCCGACCGCUGGGAAUCUUUGUUCGUGUAUUCCUUCAUCUGCAAGUUCACGAACUUGAGGGGGAAAGUCGAGGGAUUGGAGACGCCCAUGGACUUUGAGAACGCGCUGUUAGACAAGGAGCCCAACACCAUCUUGACAGGCAUCCUCACCCGCUUCAUCCUCAAUCUCCGUCCCCAGACGCGUAAUCUGAGCCCCGAUCAAAUAUCGAGCACAGUCGCCAGCGUCAUGGGCGAGUACUUCAAGACCGGCGAGCGCAGCAACUUCUGGGACGAGAGCAAGCGCAAGAACAUCGACCCCUUCCUCUCCAUCGACGGCGGCAUCUUCACGCAGGACUGGGACUUCAAGCUGAAGAUCCUGCGCCAGCUCGUCGAGAUGCAGCUCUCCGCGCCCAACUCGGAGAUCAAGGCGAUCAUAGACAGGGCGUGGGGCGUGUCGGCGAGCAAGCACAAGAAGAAGAACGAGAAGGAGCCACUGCCGGGGCCGGACGACCCGCAUAGCCAGGAGAACUUGCAGUUGGCGCCCAUCGGUCAGGAUGCGCAACGCAUGCGGUACUGGGUCGCGGAUGACUCCCCAAGGAUAUACAUGUCGUCUAACCCCUGGCGGGUGACUGCCAGCUUCCAAACGGUGUCGUCAACCCGCGAGGAAUACAUUGCAACGAUCGAGACGCUCAAAAACAAUCAACCCCCUCCCCCCUCUAAGCCCAACGCCAAACCCACUAAGCAGGCUCAGGCGCACAUGGCGCUCAUUGCUGCGCUAGAGAGCAGGAUCCCUGCGAUUGAUAACGAGCUGGCGCGGGUCGCAAGAGUACGGCGCAAACUCGAGCAGAGGCAAGCGUUGUACGCCCAGGCCGAGCUGCGGGAGACGCGCACACGGCGUCAAGUCAAGCAGAGGUAUACGUACGCUGAGGUGGAUAGUGAUCAGGAUGAUGAGGAUGACUACGUCGACCGAGAAGACGAGGUUGCCGACGACGACGACUUCGGCGACGAAGAGGAAGAGACAGGCGGACGCCGCUCAGGCAGACGAGCCGUGGCCGAGUCGUCAGCAGCAGGGCGGCGUCGAUCCGCGCGUACCACGGUCAAUGGCAACGGCAAGGCAAAUUCGAACGGCAAAAGGACAGCGUCGCCCGACUGGACGCAGUGGCGAGGCGAGCGACGCUCUCGUCGGCUGGGCGCGCCGGCCGACAUCGCCGCGGAGUUCAACUUCCCUCCCACCAAGCGUGCACGAACUGCAGAAAGCGAGGCGACAUCCGAGGACCAGGGUGGGACACCGCAAACGAACGGUGGGCCGAUCAAACUCAAGGCCACUGGCGCCGCAGCAUUGCGGGCGAACGAGCAGGCGGUGGAGGUACUUCCUGGCAAGAAGAAGUCGCGGUUCUGGGUGUACGCCGUUGAACCUGCUGAUGAGCAGCAAGAAAACGGAAACGGCAGGGAUCAAGGAGGUGACCUGAAGAGCGAGGAGGCGACAAGCUCAGUCCCGCCGGAGACGAACGGGAAUUCUACCGCGUCAGAUGGCAUGGACGUGGACGUGAGGCGGCGAAGUGUGUCUCCCCUUACGCCGUAGGGUUGCUCAGAGGUUCUGCGCGUCGGUCUAUUUCUUGAUUCCGGUUUUGUUUGUCCUGUCGUCUUGCUGCAUCUCCCUGUAUCUUGCCCUACACCUACUGAGCCAUGGCUAAUUUACCACGGCUUGAAUAUAGCUGUUUGAGUACAGCU